UUAAAUCAACAGACCGGAAAAUCUGUGCGAUAUCUGUCAGACCAGUAAACAUGUUGAUUAAGUUUACCGCGCCGAUCUUGUACAUUGGGCUGGCCGGGAUUAUAUUCCUGGUGUUCCUGGCGAUUUAUGUUGCAGGAUAUCGCUUCAAUGAGCUCGUGUUGAGCGUGUACACGAGCUUCCUGAGGCAGCGACCCAGGACUUUUAAUCCGGAGUGGUGGCAAGGGCGAAUCAACAUGAUGGUGGGCGUCUACGUGGCCAUGCUUUACGUGCUGUUCCGGCUAAGGGAGCACUUGAGGCUGCAGAACCUGGAGGAGAUCUGUCGGCAGCGGGAGCUCGAGGCCCUCUUCCGAAUGGAGACCGAGUUCCUGGAGCAGCUGCGCUCCCAAGGCAUCGAACUGAAGGACCCCUCCUCGGACCUUCCCGACUCGAGCUUCGCAUAGCCGUCUCGGCGGCCGCAUUCAGGAGCCAAUCAAAUAUAUCGUUAAUGCCGCCGCCUUGGACAAUGUUAAUGCUGGAAUCAGCGUAUCAGUGUAUAUAUAGAUCGCACGGCUUGAUUGCCGAGAAUUGAAUUCAACAUUUGCCCGCCGGGCUGUGCGCUACACCUACUCUGCUCAAUUACCCGGCCGAUCCAAUACAAUCCUCCUCGGCCGAGUUGAACGUGCCCGGCUGACAUUACUACACACCACUUAUACUAUAUACCGUGUAUACUGUGUGCUAUAUGGAUGGAUACGGAGAAUCGGAUCGUUGCUCGCCGACGGCCGUACACUUCCAAUAGUUCAUUGUUUGGGGCUGCGCAUGAGUAUAUUUUUACGGCGCACUGUCCCUCUGCCUUUGCCACUGUUUGUGUGCACUUUUCUCUGUUUGAAAUAAAUUGUAAAUGAUUUUUAUUAAAA